UCCCAUUACAUACGUAUAUUUCAAAAACCGGAGAGGGCCGUAAAUGUUUUUAUUUGAAAAGAUGAUCGAAGAUUACAUAGUAGGUGGGUGAGCUGUGUGCUCGGAAUGAUUAGAACAUUGACCAUAUCAAUGAGAUUCGUUGCAGUCACGUCUGUUCACAUUGUGGAAACGGUGUUUUUGGCUGACAUCCUGCAGCGUUUAUUUCUGAGCGUGGUCGAAUACGUCCGACAUAAGCCGAACUAUCUGCCCGAGGAUCGGGUGCGGAGGAUUCUCCGCCGCUCGUUCACCUACAGAAACAAAUCAAAAUGUCUGCUGUGGUGUGUCUUCUUGGGAAUGGUUAUCUCGGUUACUGGGAACUUAAGGGCCGUGUUUCCUUCGUUCAAGUUCCUGGUACAUAUUCCUCUGUACUGGCUCUUAAAAUAUGUCGAGCAGAGCCCGCUGACCGAUCUCUACUGGUUGAGGGACUCGCAUGGACUGGAUUAUGCAACCGGAAUGGCCUUAAACUGGUUCCAUGGGCGCCUCAAAGCCUCACUGCCCGAACGCCAGGACGAUGGGCUUAAACCUCGGAUGGAUGUCUAUGAGGCCAAGGACAACGUAUCUUUUGGCUUGAAUCAACUGGUGAUCCUUAGUCUCGACGAGUCCUCUAACCAUGAAAUACUUAAGAAGCAUUUUAUAUGUAAAGCUAGGCCCCUUGAAACGAGCAGAGGGGAUCGUAUCCUAAAGCACGAUGUCUACAGGAAGAAGGUGAAUGACAAGAUAUAUUACUUUGUUGUCGAGCUUGCCGAGCCCAUGAUGAGCUUUUCCGAAGCCCUGGUGUCCGGAUCGACGGGCACAUGGCAGAUGAAGGAAUUGGAGAGAGAGAUCAGGAUGAGAUUCAAUGAGAAAUUGGCAGAGCUCAUUCAUAUGUGUCCGGAGACUCGCAACCUAGCCAUCAUCUAUAAGUCACACGAUGACGAGGGUAAUCCAGUUGAUCUUACCGAUUGGCUCAUCUCUCACAUGGGAAAAAAAAAAACCAAAAACUCUUGACGUUUUUAGAUUAACUCUUAAGUCUAACGAUGCCGACCUUAGGAAUUCUAAU